GGAAAUUAGGUUUAUCAUGAUAUGAAAUCAAGUAUUGAAUUGUAAGUUUUCCAGCAUACAUAGUGUUUACACGCCUUAAUAGUCGGAAAUUCUUUCCUGCCAUCUUACUCGAAAGUUAUUACUGGACAGAUAUUCAAAGAUUCUUUUUCGAAAUCAACAAAUCAAAACACAAACUUAAUAGACGUAAAUGUAUGGUAAACUCAUUAUGAUUUUCAAUGUUAUAAAACUUUUAAUGGUUUAUUAUGAAUUAGAAAUUGUGUGAUUUAAAUUUCAGCAGACAAACAGAAAAUAUGAUUGAAAUGCAAUUAAGAAGUGCCUUUUAUAAUGAGUAUGUUAUAUUUACAUGAUUCAAUGAAUUUAUAUAUGAUUGUUUAUUUACUACUUAUUUAUUAUAUUUAAUUUAUUAGGUCAGAAUGUAAGUUUUUUACAUGGAGUUAUAAAAUUGAGGCACAAUACCUAUGAAUGUAAAUUAUAAUUUGGGUUUACAUUUUAAAAUAGAUCAUUGAUAUACCUUUUAUAGAAUAGCUUUUUUCAUUAUUUGUAGUCUAUAUGGUUAAUCGUAUUAUUGAAUAAUUUGUCGUGUUUUCAGUUAGCUAAAUGUAAUAUGAACGAACCCAUUCUCAUCUUAUCAAUAUUGAAACUAACAUUUUCAUGUUACACUGAUAUAAUCAAUACCGAUUAAAGAAAUCAGAUAUGUGACUCAAAUGGUUGUGUUCCAUUGGUAUUAUCAGUCUUAAUUAUCCUAGUUCAUAAUAUUCAAAGAUAACAUGCUCUGAAUUAGUGAUCAUGUUUCUUAUCUGAGUAAAUGAUCGAUUUAUAGUCUUCUGAACUCCAGUUGUACUUGGAGAACAUUCUAAAAUCCACUCGACAGUUGUAUUUGCAGCCUCGUAAUAUACUGAGAAUUAUAACUUUUUUUACAUUUUUAGAUUUUAACUCAACUUGUGGGAAAUAUUAUUGAAGUUGAAUGUUAAUUUGUCGGAGAAAAUGUAAACCAUUGUGGUUUUCUAAAACUGCUUUUGCAAUCGCUGUUUUAGGAUUACCUCCAUUGUACGUAGCAUCUGUGCAUUAUGAGCAUGUAAAUAGUUUAUUCCCAUUUGUUAGUUCAUUUGGCGUAUUUCCACCAGAAAAACAUUGGUUUCGAGUGCUGAUGAUUAGCUAUGCUCUAUUCAAUAUGGCGGGAAACUGCUUUUGGUUCAUGAUAGCUAGACGUAAAAUUGUAAUUAUGACCAAAUCUCUUAUUCCUCAUCUAAUCAACUCAUUUAUCAGACUAUUAAUGAUCAUUUCUGGAUUGUGUUUAAUCGGUCUAUCGAUUUUCGAUAUGGAGAAUUACAAUGAAAUACACUAUCUGAUGACAGUUGGGAACUUUACGUGUCAUGUCCUGUCGGUAUUGUUUGGAUGUUGCCUAGUGGUCAAAUAUUUUGAGAAACCUUUCUGGUUUAGUUGCUUUCGCCUUCUGCUUAUUGUACAAAUGGUUAUCGGAGCAAUGUUAUUUGUUUAUUUCAACGUAAUCGGGCUUCCUUUAUUGAAUACAUCGAACAUUUAUCGAAUGAAACCAACUGAUGGUGGCUACUGGGAAUUUCUUUAUUGUGCCAUUGCUGAGUGGGUUAUGGUGCUUGCAUGUAUUCUAUUCACUCUAGUCAUUGCUCUGGAAACACAAACAUAUGAAGACGUUUUAGUACGAAGUAAAAUCAGAAAUAUUACCACAAUACAACUUAUGAAACAAGUUUAA